AAGCACGGGGCGCUUCCCGUGCUUCAAAGUGGCCACCGUGUGUGCAUGAGAUAUGAAGCGUUCCCCGUUGACGCCGACGACACAGCAACCGUCACGAACACCCUUCGACUCAGCUGCCCCCCCACUGGUCACUUGCAAAACCUGGCACACGUACUUGAGGCCACCUUCCCUCGACGUCAACGGCAUCUCCUCCAACCGCAUGCCAAGCGGCCCCUCCGCAAAACAGGCGUCGAAUUCCCCGGCAUCCGGGUCUUCGGUCAACGGGACUUUGGUUGUGAGACCAGAACCGCCUCCCAAGGGAUAGCUGCCGCCGCUCGUGAAGGAGGAGGAGGAGGCCGAGGCCAGGGAGGGGACGGCGGCUGCCCCC